AUGUCACCGACAAAUAUUUUAAAAGAAAUCUGGAAAUUUCCUUUUGAUAUCAUUGAUGUGACACUUGUAAAUUCUUCAUCGAAUCAUAAUCAUAGUAAUAGUAAUAGUAAAGAAGUAAAUAAGCUUGAUUGGAUAAUUACUUGUAUAGUUCUUGAUGAUAAUGGGAAUUUCUGGAGAGUUGAGUCACAUAUAAAAAGAGAGAAAAGUGAAAGAACAUUUGAUCCACUUAACAAUCAAUCAUCCACAUUCACAUCUGAUACUACUGGAUUAAAUCCAGCCUCUAAAAGAAUACAUCCAAUUGAAUUCUAUGAAAAUGACAUUAUUUACAAAUAUACCAAAAGUAAUAUAUAUUACUUAAUACCAUAUGAUAUUUCAAAUGUUCAUGGUAUUCUAACUAGAUGUGAGAAUGGUGAGAUGGAAUUUUUAUCAAUGAGUGAUGAUUAUAAACCUCUAAAUUCAAAUAGUUUAAAUUGUUCAAUUAGUCAAGGAUCAAUUUUAAAAGGAAAAAAGCCAACAGAUUCAUCAAUAUCAUUAAUCAAUCAUGAUUUUGCUUCAUUAAUAUUUGGAUUGGAAAAUUUACAGGAAGAGAUAUUCUUAACUGGCUAUUCAGAUGGAUUAAUCACAUUUCAAACACUAAACUCUGUUCCAGAAGCACUUACUACAUUAAUUGAAUCAAUUCAAACUAUAUAUUCAAUAUGUUUAAAAUUUGAAAGUACUCCAGAAUCUAGUAUUUUAUUCUUUACAAGGAAAAAUUUAGAUGAUAUUCAUAAUAGUUGGGUAACUAAUUAUCUUAUUGCAUUUGAAGAGGGUACAAUCACUUUGAUUACCAUUUAUUCUGCUUCAAAACAGGAUUCUACUAUUACAUCAAUUGCAUAUAAAGAAUAUCAUGUUCCAAAUACUGCUCAUUCAUCUUUUCUUUAUAAGGUAGGAAAUACAUUGUCAAGUAUUAUACAUAAUAGAUUGAUCAUGUCAGUUGAUAAAGGACAAAUAAUAUCUUUAAAUUUUGAUCAAGUGAUUUACAAAAAUGAACAAUUUAUCACUUUAAAUCCUGAUUUCAUUGAUUUUCCAAAUGGAUGUGUUAGAAUAUGUUGUUUAAAUGAAUUUGAUGAUGGUGGAAUAUUAGGUGGAAUAUUUCAAGAUGGUAGAUUUAUUUUUGGAAAAUUUACAUUUACAAAUUCCAAUCAAUUAAAAAGACAAAUCAGAAAACAAUUGAAUUCAAUAGCAAAAUGUUCCUCAAGGCAAAAUGAAUAUGAAAAACUUAUUCAAUUUUGA